ACAGUGUCAUAUACCAAGCUCUGGAAACAGCAAAUUCGACAUUAAAUUCUAUCGUACCUGUUCGUUAUGCAGCACCAGAAAUACUAACAAAUGAUUCAGGAGAGUCAUAUUCACAAAAGUCGGAUAUGUACUCAAUGGGUGUUCUGAUGUGGGAAGCAUAUUCUAAAGGUUUAGCAUUACCGUGGUCCGAGGUUUCCACCGAUGCAGAAGUUAUUCGAAAAGUAAUUAAUGGUGUUCGAUUAAGUCGGCCGUCACCUUGCAAUGAGCAAAAUUGGACAAUAAUUCUUCAUGCAAUGUCGCAGCUACCACAAGAUCGUCCUAAUUUUAUAGAUUUAAGACAUUCUUUAACAAAGACACAAUACAGUACGGGAGAAUUGAAACCGUUGUUAACGCGUAGGAAUCGCAACAACAGUGAAGCGGUGAGUUUUAACAAUUCAGCUAUAUAA